CUUCAACGCAAUGAAUAACGCCGUUCCCUAAUGGGUUGACUUCCUCGCCUCUCCGCCAGAUCCAAGCUUUCUUUUCCCAAACCUUCGCGCUUUAUCAAUCGAAGUGCCCUCCCCACUUUUCGGUACUAGUGUCAUGGAUGUCCGCACAGGAGCUUACCGGGCCGUCAUUCGUUUCUUCCAUCUUCUUCUUGGACCACAUCUGUCCGCCCUUCGAUUUAGCAUCCCUAACGAAUUUUACACCGAUCUGGACAUUUCUUCCAUACCAGCACUUUGCCCGAACAUUCGCAUGUUGGACAUAGCAGGGUUCAUGUCCGUCUGGAAUGUCAAGAUUCCUGAAGAAACCGUGCAUCUGUUUUCUAGGGCAGUCUCCGAGCUCAGCCGUAUGGAGAUUGUUGGGUCAUCUGGGCCUUCGUGGCAGUUGCUUAGCAGUCUCGCUCGGGCAAAGAAACUGCGACGGCUGCGGGUGAAACUUCCACAUAGACUUGUCCCUGAGCCAAGGCUCCUCAGCGGCGACGCUUUCCCUCAACUUCGCACUCUAGAUAUUUGGGCGGACUCCCUUGCAUCGUGCAUAGACCUAUUCCGCUGGACUUCUCUCAAUCAAGUCACUGAGAUGUCUAUCCGCUGUCUAGCAUCCUACUAUAACCGCGAUCCCUUACAAGGACUAGUUGGCAUGUCAUCUCUGAUUUCAUCGCAGUGCCAAUCUUUGGAUUUCCUCUGGAUUUCCUGCGGAUUGAUUCGCAACCGCAACGACACACCCUCGUCUGCUCGGUGGCGACCUGUGUUGGAACCCUACCAAGCUUGUCAUCACCUCAGAAUCAUUGCAUUGCAGGUGCCCUGUAGCCUGACACUUGCAGACAAUGACUUAGAAGACAUGGUCAAGGCUUGGCCACACUUAGCGGUAUUCCACCUAUUUCCUGGUGGCAAGGCGGUGCCUCCAGUUCAUCGCACGUUACUGAGGAAUUACCGCUCUUCUAUACCAUUGCCCCGAACUUAAGGAUUUUACCCUGAUGUUCGAUGCAACCCGGGUUCCUGAAUGUAUCGCUCAACCUAGCUGCGGAAAACUCGUUGGGAACCCCUCGGUGAAGUAUAUGGGAGUUCACACGUCUCCUGUUUCAGCGAGUAGCGACAUCGCUGCAUAUCUCUCCAUCAUUAUGCCAUCCUUGAAGAUCAUUCGCCUCAAACAAAGAGCUUAUGAGGCUGCAUGGUCCUGGAUUUGCACCCGACACCCACAGAAGCCUACGAUACACGUGGACCUGCCGCCGAUGAAGUUAUACUAUCUACUCACGGCUGGUACUGAGUCUAGUAAUGAGGAUAUAUUCGGCAGAGAG